AAAAAAACAGAGAGAGGGGAUUGUUUUUCUACUUUAGUUACUGGGGUUGAAACAGAGGUCCUUCAAUGGCAGACUCUGUGACAGCUCCAGCGACUUACGGGACUCAAGCCGAUGCUUUGCUAAGGAAGAAUUUGACAUUUCAGAAACGAAAUGUCAAGACAAAUGUUCGCCUCAUCUUAGUCCCUAUUUUACUCGUUCUUUUAAUAAGGUCCAUUGAAUUCUCGAGUACUGCGAUGACGUACAAAGACACUAAAUGUGGCUGCCAAUGUGUCGACAAAAAUGGUACAGGAAAAUGCCAAGAAGUAUGUGGUCUGGAAUACUCAAAUCCGUUACAAGCACCAAGUUGUGAAGUUAAAGAACCAUAUGAAUGGCAUCCCGUUUUCCAGUUACCGGAAUCUCAAUUUAGUGCUGUAAAAACUGAUGUUAUUACAUAUCCAGACUUGCCUAAUGAGUCAUGCAGAGACUCUAAUUCUUGUCCAGCUAUUAUACUUGUCACUGGAACUAAUCAAACUUUUGGACAAAGUGUGAAUGGGUACAUGGUCAAAAAUGACUCAACCGUAGAGUCUACUUUCAUCACCAACCAGAUCAUUGGUACAGAGAUUCCAGCUGAUCGAACGGGUUUUCAAGACCCUGCUUUCAACUCACGAAAGGCUACAUUCUAUAUUAUUCAAGCUGGGUGUCCUGCGGAUUACAAGGGUGAAGAGAUCAAUGAUGAUCACGCAACAUAUAUGUUACAAUGUCGUGAAGGUUUAUCCUUGUGGCGUAAUAGUCCCUCUGAGAUCAAUGAUGAGCUGUUUAAAGGUUACAUAAAGGGGAAUACGGAGAAAAAGACAGGCGAGAUAGCAGCAGCAUAUGAUUGGUUAAAUACAAAUGAAAAUAGGUUCAAUGUGAGUGUUUGGUAUAAUGGAACCUAUAAGUAUGAAGGUCAAAGUGAACAAUUGGUACGGGUGCCUCCUUUGGUGAACCUGGCAUCAAAUGCCUUCCUUCAAAAUUUGCUUGGACCUUCCUUCAAUAUUCUGUUUGAUUAUACCAAAGAAAUGCCCAAGCACGGAAGUAUGAGGAUGUCGGAGAUUUCUUCUCAGAUGGGACCAAUUUUAUUUUCAUGGGUGAUUUUACAGCUUUUCCCAGUUGCUUUUGUAGCUCUGGUUUAUGAAAAGCAGCAGAAUCUACGAAUAAUGAUGAAAAUGCACGGACUUAAGGACGGCCCCUAUUGGACUAUUACUUAUGCUUAUUUUCUUCUCAUAUCAUCUCUCUACAUGUUUGGCUUUGUGGCGUUUGGCUCGCUCUUAGAAUUAAGUAUCUUUCUUCGUAAUGCUUUCAGCAUCCAGUUUGUGUUCUACUUCAUCUACAUAAACUUGCAAAUCGCAUGUGCAUUUCUGCUGGCUGGAUUUUUCAAAGAUGUUACGACAGCCACAGUCAUGGGGUACUUGGUGGUGUUUGCAAGUGGUCUCUUAGGAUCGUUCUUUUUCUCAAACUUUCUAUCUGGUGCUUCAAUAUCAGAAGUGUGGAUUAUAUUGAUGGAGCUAUAUCCUGGAUUUGCUCUUUAUCGUGGAUUAUUUGAGUUUGGGGAAUAUAGCAAGAGUGGUCUUUAUACGGGUGAAAGUGGUGGCAUGAAAUGGGCAAAUUUGAGUGAUCCUGGUAAUGGGAUGAAACAGGUUAUGAUUAUAAUGUUAGUGGAGUGGAUAGUAGUUCUCCUUGUUGCUUUUUACUUGGACCAGAUCAAUUCAUCAGGGAAAAGUCCCCUAUUUUUCUUGGAGAACUCGCGGAAGAAGCAGACGCUAUCCACUAUGAACUUAUUAGAAAAGAAGGAUUCUGGAGUUUGUCUUGAAAUGGAGAAAGAAGAUGUUGCACAAGAGAGGGAAAAGGUUGAACAUAUGGUAGCUGGAUCGACAUCAGGUUAUCCCAUCCUUGUUGACAACCUGAAAAAGGUUUAUCCAGGGAUAGAUGGAAACCCCGAUAAAUAUGCAGUUAGAGGACUGUCACUUGCUGUGCCUGAAGGAGAAUGCCUUGGUAUGCUUGGCCCCAAUGGUGCUGGCAAAACAUCAUUUAUUAGUAUGAUGAUUGGGCUGACAAAGCCAAGCUCUGGUGCUGCAUUUGUUGACGGACUGAAUAUAAAUACAGAGAUGGACAAAGUAUACACCGUCAUGGGUGUAUGCCCUCAGCAUGACUUGCUUUGGGAUACAUUAACAGGAAGGGAGCACCUACUUUUCUACGGAAGGCUUAAAAAUCUUAAAGGACAAGUUUUACAUCGAGCAGUUGAAGACUCACUUAAGAGUCUCAACUUGUUUAACGGAGGCGUUGCUGACAAGCAAUCUGGGAGAUAUAGUGGUGGAAUGAAGAGAAGGCUAAGUGUUGCUAUUUCACUCAUUGGAAAUCCCAAGGUUGUCUACCUGGAUGAACCAAGUACUGGACUUGAUCCAGCUUCAAGAGAUACCUUGUGGACUGUUGUGAAGAAUGCACGGAAAGGCAGAUCGAUAAUUCUCACUACCCAUUCAAUGGAAGAAGCGGAUUAUUUAUGUGAUCGCUUAGGAAUCUUCGUUGAUGGAAGCUUGCAAUGCAUAGCAAAUUCAUCAGAGUUGAAGGCAAGAUAUGGAGGGUCUUACGUGCUCGCGAUAACUACAUCAGCUGAUAAUGAGGUGGAAAUGGAGAACAUGGUGCGACAGAUAUGCCCAAAUGCCAACAAAGUGUAUCAUUUAUCGGGUACACAGAAGUUCGAGUUGCCAAAGAUUGAAUCGAAAAUUGCAGAUGUAUUUCAACUAGUUGAGAAUGCAAAGAGUAGAUUUCCAAUUUAUGCUUGGGGUAUGGCUGAUACAACUUUAGAAGAUGUUUUUAUCAAGGUUGCUUCUAGUGCUCAAUCCUUUAAUGAAGCAUGAUCAUAGCAUUCAACCACAAAUUAGAAAAAAAGAAAAAGAAG